CUCCUACCUGGACGCAACUGUCUGUGAGGCGGAUCUGCCCUUCGCCGGCCUCGGGGCUGGAGGACGACGCCUCCCGACGCGCCUGGGGUCCCAGGGAGGCCGCGAGGAGCCUGCGCGCAAGGGAGGAGGGUUUGUCUUGUGACCGCGGGCGGCCGCUGCUUCUUUCCCGAGCUUGGAACUUCGUUAGCCGCGAUGCGUUUCCUGGCAGCUACAUUCCUGCUCCUGGCGCUCAGCACCGCUGCCCAGGCCGAACCGGUGCAGUUCAAGGACUGCGGUUCUGUGGAUGGAGUUAUAAAGGAAGUGAAUGUGAGCCCAUGCCCCACCCAACCCUGCCAACUGAGCAAAGGACAGUCUUACAGCGUCAAUGUCACCUUCACCAGCAAUAUUCAAUCUAAAAGCAGCAAGGCCGUGGUGCAUGGCAUCCUGAUGGGCGUCCCAGUUCCCUUUCCCAUUCCUGAGCCUGAUGGUUGUAAGAGUGGAAUUAACUGCCCCAUCCAAAAAGACAAGACCUAUAGCUACCUGAAUAAACUACCAGUGAAAAGCGAAUAUCCCUCUAUAAAACUGGUGGUGGAGUGGCAACUUCAGGAUGACAAAAACCAAAGUCUCUUCUGCUGGGAAAUCCCAGUACAGAUCGUAAGUCUAUCUGGGGGUGAGAGGGCAUGGGUGGAGGGAAGAAAGAAGUGGAGGAGAAAUCAGACUGAAACUAAAUCAGUGCCAUAAGAAAAAAGGAAUUUCAAGACUGCUGUUUUAUGCCUCUCAACCUCUAAAAGCAUCUGAGACCCUAUUUCCUGAGAGCUCAGAACUGUUGCCUUUGUAAUAUCCUUUGUAAAAAAAAGGUUGAAGGAAAGAAGAGAGAGUGAGAUUGUAGAGAUUGAUUUAACUGUCUUCACUGGUUUUUUUCUGUCGGAGUAAGGAAGGUCCAGCCAGACAGGACCUGAAGGAGGUUGCUUAGGAAUGUCUGAUAACUUGCCCUAGGGUUAUUGCCCUGACAGUGGAGGAAAGGUUCCAAACCACUUCCACUGAGCUGGGACAUUACAUCAACAGGUUUCUCAUCUCUAAGUGCCUCAUUGAGUUCGGUGCAUCCGGCCAAUGAGUCUGCUGAGA